AUGGCCCGUACAUCCGCCGCCAAAAAGCGCGCUGCCGAUUCUGACAGUGAGCCCGAGACUGUUUCUAAAAGAGUCAAGAGUGGAACAUCGGUUGAGUCGGAUGGUAAAGAUGAUGAUGGAAAUCCAUUCUGGGAGCUCUCAGACAAGCGCCGUGUUGGUGUAUCAGAGUUCAGCAAGAAAACCUUUGUCAAUAUUCGCGAGUACUAUGAUAAGGAUGGCAAGACUUUACCUGGCAAGAAGGGCAUUUCACUUUCCAUCGAGCAGUACAAUGCUUUCCUUAAGGCUGUUCCACAGAUCAAUGCUGCUCUUCGCGCCAAAGGUCUCGUCGUUGAGGGUGACGUCGCAGACGAGCCUGAUACUGCUCUGAUUCCAGCAGCCAAGGCUAAGAAAGAGCGGAAGAAAUCACCAAAGGCGAACAUUGAGACCACCAGCGAGGAAGAGGACUAG